GCGCACUCCCUCCGCCGGAGGAAACUUUGCGCGGCCCCCUCCUCCCCACACCAGCCCUCCAGGUCCGCCGGGCUCACUCCGAACCAAACCGGGUCGGAACCGCGAACUGUUUCGCAUGCCAUCCCGUUACCGUGGCAACACCAUCCGGCGGCGGCGGUCCAAUCGGAGCCCACGGCCUCUCCGGGGCCGUUCCCAAGCCCCAUGUCCGUGCGCUGGCCGGGCUGCGCGCUGGGGAGCCAGGCGUGGGUGCUGAUCGCCAUGCUGCAGCUCGCCAUGGACCUGCCGGCCUGCGAGGCGCUGGGCCCCGGCCCCGAGUUCCGGCUGCUGCCCCGGCCCUCGCCCCGGCCGCCCCGCCUGUGGAGCAUGAAGAGCGGACAGCCGGCCCGGAUCCCCGCGCCCGUGUGGAGCCCGCGCCCGGCCCGCGUGGAGCGCAGCCACGGGCAGAUGCCCAGCCCCCGCGCCAAGCGGGCGCACAGACCCCGGGACCAGGUGGCCGCCCUGGGGCCCAAGGGGGGGCUCGCCAAGACCCCCGCCACCGCCACCAAGCCCGGCCCUGCCCUGGGCCCCGCGCCCUCCUCCCCGUCGCCCCCCGUGGGCGGCGGGGCCCCCACGGACCAGCAUGCCCUGCUGCGGAGGGGCCGGCGGCAGCUGCCUGUGUUCAACGGCUUCGACUCGCACCCGCGCGGCGGCCGGCCCACCACGGAGGCCGAGUUCAUCGUGUGGGGGCCCACGGGCGAGGAGGACGCCCUGGCGGCCAGCACGGCUCCCGACGGCCCCACCACGGCCUCCUACUUCCAGACGCGGAAGGCCACCGCCGCCACGGCCACCGCGGCCACGGCCACCACGGCCACCGCCAUGACGCUGCAGACUAAGGGGGUCACGGCGCCCCUGGACCCCAGGAGCAGGAUCCCCGCUGGGCUCAGCACCACGGAGCCUUCCACCAGGCCCAGCAGAGACAGCGGCAGAGACACCAAGCCCCCGCGGAUCCUGGGGGAGACCUCAGGUCUGGCUGUCCAUCAGAUCGUCACCAUCACUGUCUCCCUCAUCAUGGUCAUCGCUGCUCUGAUCACAACUCUUGUCUUAAAAAACUGCUGCGCGCAGAGCGGGAACCCGCGGCGGAACGGCCGCCCGCGGAAGCUGGCCCAGCAGGAGGAGAGCUGCCAGAACCUGACGGACUUCCCGCCGCCGCGCGUGCCCAGCAGCCUGGACAUCUUCACGGCCUACGGCGAGGGCCUGCAGUGCUCCCACGAGUGCGUGCGCGCCGCCGUGCCCGCCUACGCCGACGACACGCUGCGCUCCGUGGGCGAGUACAGGUCCACGUUCAACGGGAACCGACCCUCCUCCUCGGAUCGGCACCUCAUCCCCGUGGCCUUCGUGUCUGAGAAGUGGUUCGAGAUCUCCUGCUGACUGGCCAAGCCUUUUUUACCUCCUGGGGCGGGGCGGACGCCGCGUGUCUGUGUCACGGAUCCCGUGGGAGAACCUGUACAAAACUCAAUCCCACUUCCAACCCUCAAACCGGACUGUCUGCGGGAGGCCCCGCACCCGCGGCCGGGCCGGCCGGACUCCAGCAGGACGGACGCUAGAGGCCAAAUAUAUUUUUAUAGAGAAGCUCGCGCCGCCCGGCCGCCCUGCCGCCACCGGAGGCCGAGGGCGGAGACGCGGGCCGACCGGAGCCGGGCAGCGGGCCCAGCGCGGAGGCCGGACGCCCUGGGACGCGGGCGCUGCCACGACGCUGACUGUGCCAACAAUACCAAUAUGUGCCAUGUGGGGCCCGGGGGCCUGGCGGACGCCCAGCCGCGGCGCCCGCCCGCGUGGGGGCCUCGCAGGACGCCGGCGUGGGCACCCCUUCCGAGAGCCGUGUUUCUGGGGAAUGUCGGUGUAUAUAACUAUAUAAACACACACACGCGCACACACACACACUUUUUUGUACUGUAGCAAUUUUUUGAAUAUCUUCGAUGUUCCUUUUUAAAAAAACAAAGUGUUAACCGGUCACCAAACCUGAUUUAUGUAACCUGCUUAGUACGGACGGGAUACACUGGUGUUUUCUACCUUGCACACACCCACACACACACACACACACACGCACACACACACACGUAUACGCGCACAUAUAUAUAUAUAUAUAUGCAUAUACUGGACACGCAGUCCGAGGGGCCCGGGUCCCUCAUUGCCACCGUCCUGGGGGACCCCCUCCUCGGCCACGGGCCCCCCAAUGGCACGCCCCGCGUUUGCCGGUGGUGGGUGAGAGGCCCCCCGGCACGCGGUGCGCCCCUCGGGCCCAGGGAGGGAGAGAAGGCCGUGGUUUUAUAUACAUACAUCUAUAUAGACGUAUAUAUACGCACACACGUCAUGUUACCGUUUUCUACCUGACCGUUGGAAGAAGCUACCAAGAGCCAUGUGGGUAUUCCUGUAGCAGCCGCUCCCCUGGGGCCCGGGCGCGCCUCUGGCGGGGGCGGGUCUUGGCCAUCCCCGUGUUCUCCAAGCGUAGACCCAAUUAAAGGCUUUUCCAGCUCCGGACGUGAAAGGACUGCAUCCUUACCA